UUUACUCACAAAUUCUGUUACACACUUACACAGUUACACCUUCCCAAGUUCAUUAAAUUUUGGCAACCAUAUCAUAUUCAUACCGUACCAUUACCAUACCAGUUUUUUAUCACCCUCAAUCAAUUAUCAUUAUUUACUCGCAAACUACUCACAUAUAUUCUCUCUCCUCCUCAAAUCGCAUUGCUCUUCUUCUACCUCCCUCCUUCUUCCUCUUCUUCGUGCAAAUCUACUGAGUAUUGGCGGUUUUCUUCGAACGAGGUCCGCCAAUGGCGAUUCCAGCUGUGGCUGUGAUGGUACCUAUGGGCCUACUCUUCUUCAUUUCUGGCUUCAUCGUUAAUGUUAUUCAGGCAACUUGCUUUAUUUUUGUACGGCCACUGUCAAAGAAUACAUACAGAAGGAUCAACAGAUUUGUUGCGGAAUUGUUGUGGCUUGAGCUUGUGUGGAUCGUCGAUUGGUGGGCUGGGGUUCAGAUCAAAGUUUUCACAGAUCCUGCGACAUUUCAGCAAAUGGGAAAGGAGCAUGCACUAGUAGUGUCAAACCAUAAGAGUGACAUUGAUUGGCUGGUGGGAUGGGUGUUAGCUCAGCGAGCAGGUUGCCUUGGUAGCACAUUAGCUGUUAUGAAGAAAUCAUCAAAGUUGCUUCCGGUAAUUGGUUGGUCUAUGUGGUUCUCAGAGUAUCUUUUCCUUGAGAGAAGCUGGGCCAAGGAUGAAAGGACAUUAAAGCUAGGUCUUCAACGGCUAAAGGACUAUCCUCUGCCUUUCUGGCUGGCUCUUUUUGUUGAGGGCACUCGAUUUACACAAGCUAAACUUCUGGCUGCUCAAGAAUAUGCAGCUUCGACUGGACUCCCAGUUCCUAGAAAUGUCUUGAUUCCACGUACAAAGGGAUUUGUUACAGCAGUUAGUCAUAUGCGUUCCUUUGUCCCAGCAAUUUAUGAUAUGACAGUGGCUAUUCCAAAAAGUUCACCUCCACCUACAAUGCUGAGGCUAUUCAAAGGACAGUCCUCUGUGGUUCAUGUGCAUAUCAAGCGGCAUAAUAUGCAAGAUCUGCCUGAAACAGAUGAUGAUGUUGCACAGUGGUGUAAAGAUGCUUUUGUAGCCAAGGAUGCGUUGUUGGAUAAACAUAAAGCUGAUGAUACUUUUGGAGAUCAACACCUUCAAGAUAGUGGGCGACCAUUGAAGUCUCUUGUGGUGGUUACUAUUUGGGCAGUUACCAUUAUUUUGGGAUCGAUAAAAUUUCUACAGUGGUCAUCUCUCCUGUCCACAUGGAAAGGGAUUGCCUUUUCAGCUGUAGGAUUGGGAAUAAUUACUAUUCUCAUGCAAAUAUUGAUACAAUUCAGUCAGUCAGAGCGUUCAACUCCAGCGAGGCAGCAAAGGUAGUCCCGGCAAAGGCAAAAACCACUGGAGACUCAUCUUCUGACUCAAAACGAGAUAAGCAUCACUGAAAGAUUAGCUUUGUUCAUUCGAUUAUCACUUAUUAUUUGAUUUUUCUAAAACACAAGUGAUAUAUGCUAGUACAUGUAUCUUACUCAUUAUAGCUUGGGUUCAGAUCUGUUCAUGGCUUCAUGCUCUCAUUUAUCUGUUCAAAAUAUGUAUUCUACACUAUAUACUAUAAAUAUUGUUAUUUUUGUACGGUCAUCAAUCAUUUUUAGGAUGAUAUGGUAAUGGUAGGUCCAUGAAAAAAAUUGGAUACUGAUUUUAGCACUUAAAUUUGACGGCAUUGGUUUAGUGCUCCUUAUUCCCUUUAGCCCUUUUGCCUCUUUGCUUUAUUUUGUAAUACCUACUAUUUUUGGGUGAGAGCAUAUGAGCCCUGAAGGUGUAAUGUACUCUAUAAAUCAAUGAUGUUUAUACCUUUUAA